AUGAUAACGGCAGAGCAGUACCAACUAUGUAAGGGAAUCCUCGACAACAAAGACCUUGAAGAGGAAGACAAAGUCGAGCAAUUGGAGGAACUCCUUCGCAAGGAGUCUAAACUAAGUGGCACGUCGCUUGAGAACGCUGUGCUAGAUGCUCUCUGGCGAUACAGGAAUGCUGCUAGAGGCGAGGAUGACCCUACACCACGACAUACCAUCAUUCGAAAGUCUUCUCCAGCACCGUGGCAGAUCAAUCGUGCACCCACUCCGCUAGGCUCGCCUCCAUCCUCUUCCAGUCCAGCUUUGUCGUCCGCCUUUCCAUCACGCCCGUCUUUUAACCGCCAACGAUCAGCUGCCUCCCCGUUCGCCUCUCCUAGACCUUCUCCACGUCUGGCUCUAGCCCAACCAAUUCCGCACAGUCCAUCUCUCAACACUUAUGAAUUUUCCGAUACGGGCCCCUUGCCAGACAUUUACGGAGACUUUGGCAGUGAUACGGUGGACUGGCUAGUUGCAGACGAAACUGCAAGCAAUACAUCCUCAACCGGUACUGCAUCAUUGAGCGCUGCGGCUCCUGAAUGGGUUCCACAACCCGACAUGAGCCCUUACGAUAUGUUGCGAUCCGUGCUCGGCGGACAACUGUCUGAUGAUUACAUCGAGACUGCUCUUGUAGAACACUCCUACGACCUCGCCACCACCAUUGCGGCUCUUCUUGGAUCCGAUAAGCCUGGAACCAAGGAUGUCACUGAUAAUAUUGAUGGCAACAUCUUGGUCGGGAAAUCAAUUACUGCCCAAGCCCGACCAGGAACUCCCGGCUCUUCCAAGAGUCCUAUUGUGUGCAAGUAUUGGCUUGCUUCUGGAUCGUGCUUACGAGCCGACUGUCGCUUCGCUCACGAUACAAGUGGCUAUCUCUGCAAAUACUGGAUGUCAGGUCAAUGUUUAGCUGGUGACAAAUGUCAGUUCUCUCACGACCCUUCCGUAUUGAUGACCCACUUAAACCUCAAUGAGCAACUAGCGAGUCCGGGACCUACCUUUCAACUACAAGAUAGUAAUGACCAAUUUCCUGCUCUGGGAAACAUUCCUCGCGGGCCAAGUGGCAAUUCGUCCUUCAAUCCUUCUGUUUCCGGCUUCUCACCAUCGUCACGAGGUGUCUUCUCAGGUAUUGGGCCAGGAUCUCGACCUCAUUCUCGACCGAAUUCAAGACAUCAGAACAGACCAAACACACCCUCCUCACUUUCCAUGGACGAUCCAGACGCCUUUCCGACACUGGGCUCAAUUGCGGCAAAACGUGGCACUAAGCAUCAUGGUCACAGGUCUAGACACGGCCAUGGGUCCAACGAAAAAGACACACCAGCUUCGUUGGCAGAUCUCAUCAAGAUGUCCCCAUCUCCUGCUCCUGCUCAGCUGCGAAAAUCUGACCCCGUUCGUAGGGUUAAAGCUUCCAGUGGAGCAGAUACUGUUGCUGCACGCCGUAUCCCAGAGCCACAACACAUCCCCUGGUUAGAAACAGGCUCCAAAGCUAAUCAGCAAUACUUGAAAUAUCGCGCAGACGCGAUCAAGCAUGGCAGUAUACGAAAUAAAUUCCUACAGAGCGCUGCACAAGCAUGGAACCGCAAUGACGCCCGUGCUGCUAAAGCUCUCUCGUUGCGCGGCCAAGCCGAGAAUGAAGAAAUGCGCAAAGCUCAUCGCGCUGCCGCCGAAGCUCUUUACCAAGAACGAAAUAACCACUUGCACUCAUCCGAUCCCUCUUCAGUUCACGAUCAAGAACUUUACAUUGAUCUCCAUGGCCUGCACCCGGAAGAAGCAAUAGAAUACCUCGAAGACAUCCUCUCUACGCACGAAAAGCGUGGACGUAGAAUUAUCUACGCAAUUACUGGCACCGGACACCAUAGCAAAAACGGGAAGGAUAAAGUAGGCAAAGGUGUUAGAGGCUGGUUGAAUGAGUGGGGGUACACUUUCAGAGAAUUUAGUGUGCCUGGCGAACGAGGUGGCUAUAUUGGGGGAGUAUUGGGAAUUGAUAUAACGAGUCAUGGUCCGAGGAGGCAGAUGCAGGGACUAGAUGAGGAGGAUCGAGGGGCACUAAAUACCAUGGCGACUACGACUUCGACUGGAGGGAGUACUAAGAUACAACUGCUGAAGAAGGAAGAAUUGAUAGCGUGA